AAACAAUCGCGAUGAAUCGGGCCUAAAAUUCAGCAAUCGAACGCCCGAGUUCAGUUAGAAAGAAUUAUAAAUCCCCUUUCAAUUAAAAAAUGUAUAGCCAAGAGGAAGAGAUGAUGUACGAGGCCGAGGAUGACGGUGACGAGAUUACUGCAGACCUCUGGCAGGAAGCUUGCUGGAUCGUCAUUAGUUCAUAUUUUGAUGAGAAAGGCCUUGUAAGACAACAGCUGGACUCGUUUGAUGAGUUUAUACAGAUGUCGGUACAGCGAAUCGUGGAGGAUUCUCCACAGAUAGAUCUGCAAGCAGAGGCUCAACACACUUCAGGAAUGGUGGAAACUCCACCAAGAUACCUGCUGAAAUUUGAACAAAUUUACCUGUCGAAGCCUACACAUUGGGAGAAGGACGGAGCUCCAAGUCCCAUGAUGCCUAACGAAGCCCGACUGAGAAAUCUCACGUACUCGGCUCCCUUAUAUGUGGACAUCACUAAAACUGUAGUAAAAGAGGGGGAGGAUCCCGUGGAAACACAGCACCAGAAGACCUUUAUUGGAAAAAUACCCAUCAUGCUUCGCUCCACCUACUGUCUUCUGAACAAUCUAGUGGACCGUGACUUGACGGAGUUGAACGAGUGUCCGUUAGACCCUGGGGGUUACUUCAUCAUCAAUGGGUCAGAAAAAGUUCUCAUAGCUCAGGAGAAGAUGGCUACAAACACAGUGUACGUCUUCCAGCAAAAGGACUCUAAGUAUGCCUUUAAGACAGAGAUCAGGUCGUGUCUGGAACAUUCUUCACGCCCCACUAGUACUCUGUGGGUCAACAUGAUGGCUAGAGGGGGUGGGGGUGCCAAGAAGAGUGCAAUAGGACAGAGGAUCAUUGGAAUCUUGCCAUACAUCAAACAGGAAAUCCCGAUCAUUAUUGUUUUCCGAGCCCUAGGAUUUGUAUCUGACCGGGACAUAUUGGAGCACAUUAUUUAUGAUUUUGAUGACCCAGAAAUGAUGGAAAUGGUGAAACCUUCCCUGGAUGAGGCCUUUGUGAUCCAGGAACAGAAUGUGGCCUUGAACUUUAUAGGCUCCAGAGGGGCAAGGCCAGGUGUGACCAAAGAGAAGCGUAUUAAAUACGCUCGUGAAAUUCUACAGAAGGAAAUGCUGCCCCAUGUAGGAGUGAGUGAUUUCUGCGAGACCAAGAAGGCGUAUUUCCUGGGAUACAUGGUUCACCGAUUGCUGCUGGCAGCCAUUGGUCGUAGAGAAGUGGAUGACAGAGAUCACUAUGGUAACAAGAGACUGGAUUUGGCUGGUCCUCUCCUAGCCUUCUUGUUCAGAGGGUUGUUCCGGAAUCUGAUGAAGGAGGUCAGGUUAUACGCCCAGAAGUUCAUUGACAGAGGGAAAGACUUCAACCUGGAGCUGGCUAUAAAGACCAGGAUAAUCACCGACGGACUGAAGUAUUCCCUGGCCACAGGGAACUGGGGGGAUCAGAAGAAGGCUCACCAGGCCAGAGCGGGGGUCUCUCAGGUGCUGAAUAGACUAACAUUUGCCUCAACUCUGUCCCAUCUGAGGAGAUUAAACUCACCGAUCGGUCGAGAUGGAAAGCUUGCUCGGCCUCGACAGCUACACAACACACAGUGGGGUAUGAUCUGUCCUGCUGAGACCCCAGAGGGAAGUGCUGUAGGACUGGUGAAGAACUUAGCUCUAAUGGCCUACAUUUCUGUGGGCUCCCAGCCGUCCCCAAUCCUGGAAUUUUUAGAGGAGUGGAGUAUGGAGAAUCUAGAGGAGGUGGCUCCCUCAGCGAUUCAGGAUGCUACCAAAAUCUUUGUGAAUGGUUGUUGGGUUGGAAUCCAUCGAGAUCCAGAACAGCUGAUGAACACCCUUCGCAAACUCCGCCGAGAAAUGGACAUAAUUGUUUCAGAGGUGUCUAUGAUUCGAGAUAUCAGGGACAGAGAAAUCCGAAUCUACACGGAUGCAGGUCGUAUUUGUCGUCCGCUGCUAAUUGUAGAAAAUCAAAAACUACUACUGAAGCAGAGCCACAUAAAACAGCUCAAACAAAGAGAAUAUAACAAUUACAGCUGGCAGGACCUGGUGGCCAGUGGUGUGGUAGAGUACAUUGACCCUCUUGAGGAAGAGUCAAUCAUGUUGGCCAUGACCCCUGAUGACCUCUCAGACAAGGAUGUCCAGUAUUGUUCUACCUACACCCACUGUGAGAUCCACCCUGCUAUGAUCCUGGGGGUCUGUGCCUCCAUCAUUCCCUUCCCUGAUCACAACCAGUCUCCUCGUAAUACGUACCAGUCUGCUAUGGGUAAACAAGCCAUGGGUGUGUACAUCACCAACUUCCAUGUCAGAAUGGACACCCUGGCCCACGGGCUGCUGUACCCCCAGAAACCACUGGUCACCACACGCUCUAUGGAAUAUUUACGCUUCCGAGAGCUACCCGCGGGUAUUAACUCAAUUGUGGCCAUUGCGUCCUACACGGGAUAUAAUCAAGAAGACUCUGUCAUCAUUAAUGCCUCCGCCAUCGAGAGAGGCUUCUUCAGGUCGUUUUUCUUCCGUUCUUAUAAAGAUUCAGAAUCGAAGAAAGGCUUGGAUCAGGAAGAGAUAUUUGAGAAACCAACACGGGAGAGUGUCCAAGGUAUGCGACAGGCAGUUUAUGACAAACUUGAUGAAGAUGGAAUUAUCUCCCCUGGAAUUCGGGUUUCAGGAGAUGACGUAUUGAUAGGGAAAACUCUCACACUUCCUGCCAAUGAAGAUGAGUUGGAGGGUACAACAAAGAGAUUCACAAAGAGAGAUGCCAGUGUGUUCAUGAGGAGAAGUGAAACAGGAAUCAUAGACCAGGUGAUGAUAACACUAAAUCAAGAAGGUUACAAGUUCUGUAAAAUCAGGGUACGGACAGUGAAGACACCACAGAUUGGAGACAAGUUUGCGAGUCGUCACGGACAGAAGGGAACGUGUGGGAUCACAUACAGACAGGAGGACAUGCCGUUUACCUGUGAGGGAAUCACUCCAGAUAUCAUCAUUAAUCCCCACGCCGUGCCCAGUCGUAUGACCAUCGGUCACUUGAUCGAGUGUCUCCAGGGUAAAGUGGCCGCCAACAAGGGGGAGAUUGGUGAUGCCACACCCUUCAAUGACGCCGUCAACGUACAGAAAGUCUCCAACCUUCUACAUCAGUAUGGCUACCACUUACGAGGGAACGAGGUGCUCUACAAUGGAUUCACAGGAAGGAAACUGAAUGCCCAGAUUUUCCUUGGUCCUACUUAUUACCAGAGACUGAAGCACAUGGUGGACGAUAAAAUCCACUCCCGAGCUCGAGGGCCGCUUCAGAUUCUGAACAGACAGCCCAUGGAAGGAAGAGCUAGAGAUGGAGGACUGCGAUUUGGUGAAAUGGAGCGUGACUGUCAAAUAGCCCAUGGUGCUGCCCAGUUCCUGAGAGAGAGACUCUUUGAGGCCUCAGACCCUUACAGGGUGCAUGUGUGCAACUUCUGUGGCCUAAUUGCCAUAGCAAACUUACGCAACCAAACAUUUGAAUGCAGAGGCUGCAAAAACAAGACACAGAUCUCACAAAUUCGUAUACCCUACGCUUGCAAGCUUCUCUUCCAAGAGCUGAUGUCAAUGAGCAUUGCCCCGCGAAUGAUGGUUAUGGGGUGAAGAAAUGAUGAAAGGUUUAAAAUGAAGGACAGUUUAAAUUAUAAAACAAACAGACACACUAACAAAGGAAGUCCAUGUUUUCGAGACAGUAUUCCUUCUUGGUGCCUGAGUUGUCUUACUAAGAUGAGAAAUCAAUGUCUGACCCAAUCAUGUGUGACAUUUUAGUUUGUAAAUUAUGUCAACAUCAUGGUCUAGUGUUGAUUCAUAGAAAAGCAGGUCAUGGUUGUUAAUAAUGCUUGAAAUCUUGCAUUGAAAAUAUCAUGUCCAUGAUUUUGGUGUAUUUGGAGAUAGCGACUAUUCUGAUCAACAGUGUCCAUGAACAUGAUGAUAUUGUAUCAUCAAAGCCGAAGUCUUUUACUACUAGUAUUGUGAAUUUGCAAAUCUGGUACAUGUACGUUUGUGUUAUAAAUGAAAAUUACAAGAUUGUCAAACUUUUAUGAAGAUGUUUGUAAAUUGUAAUUAAACAUUUUAAAAAUGA